AUUCUCUUGCACACACGACGGCGAACCUCUCGGGAAAAAUAAGGCGACGCGACGGCGCUGGAGCCGGCGGCCACUCCACACACCCCACAGCGCGCUCAGGCGAACGAGCGGAUCAAGACCAGGCGCAUCGGCGGUGCCCCCUGCUUCGCGGCCGUCUUCACCGGUGCCGUGGGGAUCAUCGCGCCCUCUGCAGCCGACUUAAUUUUCCAUCAGGUUUUGCACUUGUGGCAGUGUGGACGCCUAUGAUUGAGUAAGUCAUGAGGGGAAAACUUUGGAUAAGAUUUGCUCCCUUUCUUUCUAAGCGUUAUGUCUCUACCUGCCGGACAUCCUCACUGUCUCCAUCUUCGUCGAGCUCGGUAAUACAACCAUGGCUCUUUAUUGGUCUCGGUAACCCCGGUGAGAAGUACCAAUCCACCAGACACAAUGUUGGGUUUGAUAUGAUAGAUGCAUUUGCAGAGUCUCAGGGCAUAUCCCUGACCACACAUCAUUUCAAAGCACUAUUUGGUGAAGGGGUGGUAGAUGGUGUCCCUGUUUUGCUUGCCAAGCCUCAAACAUACAUAAAUCUGAGCGGUGAAUCUGCUGGUGCACUUGCUGCCUAUUAUAAACUGCCACUUCACCGUGUCAUAGUGGCAUAUGAUGACACAGACCUUCCAUGUGGAGUUCUCCGUUUGCAACCUAAAGGAGGAUAUGGACGUCAUAAUGGGUUGAAGAGUGUGAUCUACCAUUUUCGCAAGAACCGGGAAUUUGGUCGAUUAAGGAUUGGAAUUGGACGACCGCCCGGUCAGAUGGAUCCCAAAGCUUUUGUGCUUCAGAAGUUCAAUAAGACUGGUCGGGAACGGAUUGAUUCGGCCAUAAAAGAGGGAUGCGGCAUUCUGAAGAUGGUGGUGACCAAGGGUCUGACGGAGGCGGCGAGGGUGUCAAAUGUGGAUCAGAAGUACAAGCAUCUGGUCUCACAUGACCAGCAGUUGUAAUCCAAGAUGGCCACAAACCGCUUGGGCCUGGAGAAACGCUGUGUGUGUUUUGUAAGUUGUGACGUGCUUGUUCGGCCUCAAGUUUUAACAGCAUGGUAAAAGAUGUAUAACAUCAACAGUUGUCUCUCGA